AUGGUCUUGUUAUCUUCGGCCGGAGGGCGGAACCCGCUGUUCGCGCUCGCUGCGAGCGCCGGCGCCAUGCUCAUCUUCAUAUUUGCAUUUCUGGCUUGGCAGAGUCCCUCGAAGAUCCCCUUCACACGACAAAACCCGCCGCACAUGUCAGAAACGCCCAUCCACGCAGAGAAGGCACCCACGUCAAUCAACGAUAUUAUUCGAACGCUAUAUGCGCCGCUCAAGGCCGAGCCCACUGAGCCCUUCAUUCGCGAGCCCAAUGGCAGCCACAUCGAACUACCGCCGCACCCGCGCUACAAGAAACCACUCGGCAGCGAGAUCCUUAUUCUUGAUCUCGAGACUCGCCCAUUGCAGAGCACCGACGAUUUCCAGAGAGGCGAGUAUGAGUGGCGUAACAUCAACCACGUCUCUGGUGGAAUUUUCAACCACUACACAUAUGCGCUCAUCCACGGCUACGACUACAAGUUCAUCCAGGCUUCCAACUUUGAAGACCGACACGCGACGUGGAUCAAGCCUUCAGCAUUGGCAAACCACAUCAAGAACUACAAGUUCAUCAUCUUUCUCGAUGCCGACGCUGCUUUCCGCUUCCUACAUGUACCCAUGGAGUGGAUGCUGAACUACUGGGACAUCAAGAAGAGUGAUGCUAUCACAAUGGCCAAGGACCCAUGGGAUCCAAAGUCGCCUCAAUACAACUCGGAUCGCUUCAACCGCACAUACACCAACACUGGCUUCAUGAUUGUGCAAAACACACCACAGAUAUUGCCUAUCCUCAAGGCGUGGCACGAAUGCCCAGAUGAUGUACGAUACGCAAACUGCUCGCAGUGGAAGACCCCUAGGUUCCAUGAGCAGUCUGCGUUUGGCGAAUACAUCCGUUACGACUAUGAGCCCUACAUCAAGGAGCUUGAUUGUGGUGAGGCGAACGGCUUCCCAGGUGUCGAGGUCAGCAAUUGCCAGGGCAAGCUCAUCCGCCACUACUGGUUCGAAAAACAUCUGGUCAAGGACGACUUCCAGCAAAACAUGAUGAACGCCAUCACGAUGCCUAUCCAAAAGCUCUUCGCUGAUAACAUUGGUCAUAUCAUUACGAAGACCGAGGAGAAUGUGAUACAUUAACACUUCAACUCUUUAUUACUAUUUCCGCUAUUAUUUUGCCAUAUAUUGAAAGAGAGAGGGAUAUGGAGUAUUGCAUAGCAUAGCGUUGCAUGGUUAUGGCGUUUUUGGUUUUUUAUUGAUGGGCCAAGACUCGGGUUGGUCACCUGGGAGCCCCUGGCUUCGGCAUGCUGUAUCGCAUCGACCUGGGUUCCGCGACGCGAAGAUACCCUACACGAAUAAUCGACUGACGACGCUUCGUUACG